AUGUCAAUAGUUGGCAAUAUUACAAUUGGAGAACCACCGAUACAAGUCUUACAAUAUGAUAAUGCCACGAAUAUCAAUGGAAUUUCUGGAAAGGACACUGUAGAACUCGGUGGUAUAAUUGUUAAAGAACAGAUUUUUGGACAAGCAACAGCGAUUGAUGGUUUUGGAAAUGCCAAAUUGAUGGGAUGUGAAGGCGAAGCACUUCGGUUUCAACUCUGUUCUCUGGAAGGCAUUAAACUUGUCGCCGAAGAUGUGAGAGUGAUAGACAAUGGAGCUGGUGUGCAAAUUACAUAUGGGGCUUAUGAUCUCGAACAUUGUACCGAGAAUAUUGAAUUUUUAUAUCUCUCAACCAUUGGUUAUUGGCAAUUUGCUGCAAAAUUACGUGUGCGGUUGGAGCAAACAACGUAUGAAAAUCGAGUGGAAAUUUCAUCUGAUACAGGAAUGGCAAGCAUAAUGAUUCUUCGGAGAUUAUAA